UGGCGGAGGCGGGGUUGGCACCACUAGGUGCCGCGCAGGUUUAAAGGCGCGGGGCGCGGGGCUUCCGGAGCGGGAGCAGAGAAGCCCGGGAUCGGAGGAGCUGAGGGAUUUUGGAUUCAACGCCAGCCAGCGUCGUGCGGCAGGAAACAGUGGAACUUGGGCAAGUUCUGUACAAGCAGCUGUGUGCAAUGAAUGGCCAGGCUCCUCCUCAUGAUGUCCUGGUCACCAGCAGCACUAAGCAGGCAAUGGUCACCAAAAACAUGAAGGCUGGGCUAGAAACCAGCACCCCCAGAGGCCAAGUGGAGACACCUCUGUUCACCAAAGCCAAGAGCAUUGCUGGAGUGUACGUGGAGGCCUCAGGGCAGACCCAGAGUAUCUAUGCUGCCACAAAGCAGGGUCUCCUGCCUGCUGUAUUUGGGCUGGCUCUGUUGGAGGCUCAGGCAGCCACGGGGGGCCUUGUGGACCCUGCCCAGGGCCAACUGCUCCCUGUGUCCAAGGCCCUGCAGCAGGGCCUGGUAGGGCUAGAGCUGAAGGAGAAGCUACUGGCUGCUGAACGUGCAGUCACUGGUUAUCCUGACCCCUAUGGGGGUGAGAAGCUGGCCCUCUUCCAAGCUAUGGGGAAGAAAGUUGUGGAAUGGACUCUUGGGUGCAGAUGGCUAGAGGCCCAGCUGGCCACUGGGGGCCUGGUGGACCCUGCUCGGGGCGUGCGAGUGGCCCCUGAGCUUGCCUGCCAGCAGGGCCUCCUGGACCAGGAAACAUGGCUUAGUUUGUCCAAGCUGGAGCCUAGCACAGAUGCCUCGGGUUUUCUUGACCCCAACACCAAGGAGCAACUGCUGUACAGUACCCUGCUAGCCAGGUGUGUGCAGGCUCCUGGGUCAGGGUUGGCUUUGCUAUCCCUCAAGACCACCUUCCAUACCCUGGCAGGGGCAGCCAAUGUUGCUGAGCUGCUAGAAGUGGGUGUCCUAGACAAGGAGGUAGUCCAGGGCUUGCAGGAGGGCACACUGGCCAUAUCAGAUGUGAGCAUGCGCCCUGAGGUGCAGCGCUACCUGGAGGGCACCAGCAGUGUGGCGGGCAUCGUCCUACUGCCUGAAGGCCACAAGAAGAGCUUCUUUCAGGCCACCACUGAACACCUGCUUCCAAUGGGCACUGCACUCCCACUCCUGGAGUCUCAAGCUGCUACCCGUACCCUGGUGGACCCAGCCACAGGCCAACGGCUGUGGGUGGAUGAGGCAGUCAGGGUGGGCUUGGUUGGCCCAGAACUUCACAAGCAGCUCCUGGUGGCAGAGCAGGCAGUGACUGGGUACUAUGACCCUUUAAGUAGCUCCUGGAUCCCCCUCUUUCAGGCCAUGAAGAAGGAGCUGGUGGAUCAGGUACUGGCUCUGCGCCUUCUGGAUGCCCAGCUGGCCACAGGUGGACUGGUCUGCCCAGCCCGUAGGUUCCGGCUGCCCCUAAAAGCGGCCUUACGCCUUGGCUACCUGGAUGAAGAGACUCAGCAACAUCUCUCCCAGGCUGCAGGCUUCUCAGACCCCAGAACCCAUGGCAGUGUGAGCUAUGAGCAGCUGUUGGCCUGCUGCGUCACUGACCCGGAGACAGGGCUUGCCUUUAUACCACUUUUCAGGGAGCCCCAUGGAGAAGUGCUCCAGGGACCCAUGUUCAUUGAACAACGUACUCGACAAGCUUUGAGUGCAGCUACAGCUUCUAUCUCUGUGAGAAAGUUCCAGGGCCGGCCCGUGUCCCUUUGGGAGCUGCUCUUCUCUGAGGCAGUCCCUGUGGAGCGGAGGGCACUACUGACCCAGCAGUACCAGGAAGGGACUCUCUCAAUAGAGGAGCUGGAAGCUCAGCUGAAGGCCACCAUUGAGCAGGCUGCAGCUACCAGAGUUACUUUUGCUGGACUGAGGAACACUGUGACACCAGGAGAGCUGCUAAGAGCUGAGAUAAUUGACCAAGAGCUGUACGAGAAGCUGGAAUGUGGGCAGGCCUCAGCUAAGGAUGUGUGUAGCCUGGACUCAGUGCAGAGGUACCUGCAGGGCACAGGCUGCAUUGCUGGCCUGCUACUGCCUGAAUCUCAGGAGCGCCUCAGCAUCUAUGAGGCCUGCAGCAAGAGGCUUCUCAGGCCAGGUACUGCUCUCAUCCUCCUUGAGGCCCAGGCUGCCACAGGCUUCAUCAUUGACCCAAAGGGAAACAAGAGAUACUCCGUGGAGGAGGCUCUCAGGGCUGAUGUCAUUGGUCCUGAUGUGUAUGCAAAGCUGCUGUCAGCUGAGCGCGCCAUCACUGGCUAUACUGACCCCUACUCUGGGGAACAGAUCUCUCUUUUUCAGGCCAUGCAGAAGGACCUCAUUGUGCAUGACCAUGCCAUCCGCCUCCUGGAGGCACAGAUCGCCACAGGUGGUAUCAUUGACCCUGUGCACAGCCACCGUGUGCCUGUGGAUGUGGCCUACCAGCGUGGCUACUUUGACCAAAUGCUAAAUGCAGUCUUGUCGGACCCAUCUGAUGACACCAAGGGCUUCUUUGAUCCCAACACACACGAAAACCUCACCUACCUACAGCUGCUGGAGCGCUGCAUGCGUGAUCCUGAAACAGGACUGUACCUCUUGCCACUGAGCAGCACACAGCCCCAGCUGGUGGAUGGGGCCACCAGAGAGGCCUUCCAGAAUUUGCUGCUGUCUGUGAGGUAUGGACGGUUCCGAGGACAGAGGAUUUCUGCAUGGGAGCUGAUCAACUCGGAGUACUUCAAUGAAGAUUGGAGGAGGCGGCUGCUGAAGCACUAUCGGCAGCGCAAGGUUACACUCAAGCAGGUCACACAGCUGCUGGAGACAGAGAUGAAGAGGUGGGCUGACAUCACACUACCUGCACUGCGUGGCCGAGUCACUGCCUACCAGCUCUUAGAGGCCAACAUCAUUGACCAGGAGCUGUUGGACCAGGUCCUGGAGGGGGUGGUCAGCCCAGACAUCCUCCUCCACAGGGACAGAGUCCACCAGUGCCUUCAAGGCUCAGGCGCAGUGGGUGGAGUGCUGUUGCAGCCCUCCAACCAGAGGCUCAGCCUCUACCAAGCCAUGAAACAGAAGCUGCUGGCGCCAGGUGUGGUGCUGGCCCUGCUGGAAGCUCAAGCAGCCACUGGAGCCAUCAUAGACCCCUGCAGUCUAGAAACCCUGUCAGUGGAUGAGGCUGUAUGCAGGGGAGUGGUGGGGCCAGAGGUAUACAUCAGGCUGAAGCAGGCAGAGGACUCUGUCACUGGCAUCAGAGACCCCUUCUCUGGGAAGAGAUUAUCCUUAUUCCAAGCCAUGAAGAAAGGCCUUAUCCCUGUGGAGCAGGCCACCCGCCUCCUUGAAGCCCAGGUAUCCACAGGAGGGGUCAUUGAUCCCAUGGGCCACUACCACCUCCCCAUGUCUGUGGCCAUCCAACGUGGUUGCAUUGACCAGGAGAUGGAGGCUGUCUUGUCUAACUCUCCCAAGACCUUCCCCAUGCCAGACGGUCAGGGGCACACCACCUAUACCCAGCUUCUGGAGCAGUGUACUCGAGAUAAGGCCUCUGGUUUUUACCUCUUGCCCCUAGAAGAAAGUACUCCUGCUGUGCCAACUGACACUCAGAUCCAGGAGACCCUACAGGCCACACCAGGAACUAAAGAUGGCUUGUCUCUCUGGGACCUGCUCAAUUCCUGCCACUUCACUGAGGAGCAGCGCAGAGACCUCCUGGAGGAUGUGCGGGUCGGGAGGACCUCUGUGCCACAACUGCAAGCCACUGUGUGCAGUCAGGUACAGAGGGAAGAGCUCCUGGCCCAGACCCAUGUCACAGUUCCAGGCCCAAGAGGUGAGAUCCCUGCUGUCUGGCUGCAGGAUGCAGGGAUCAUCACCCAGGAGACACUGGUGGCACUGGCUCAGGGCACACAGUCACCGGCUGAAGUUGCUGAGCUGCCUGCUGUGAAGGCCUGCCUCUGGGGGACUGGCUCUGUGGCUGGUGUGCUACUACAGCCCUCUGGGACCAAAGUGAGCAUUUCCCAGGCUAUGAGAGAUGGCCUACUGCCCAGGGGCCUGGGACAGAGGCUCUUGGAAGCCCAGAUAGCAUCUGGCUUCCUUAUUGACCCACUGACCAACCAAAGGCUAUCAGUGGAAGAUGCAGUCAAGGCUGGCCUAGUGAGCAAGGAACUGAGUGAGCAGCUCAGGCAGGCUGAGAAGGCUGUGGCCGGAUAUGCUGAUCCUUACUCAGGGGGCUCCCUGUCGCUGUGGCAGGCCAUGGAGAAAGGGCUUGUGCCCCAGAGAGAAGGCUUUCCCCUCUUGCAGGUGCAGCUGGCCACAGGGGGUGCAGUGGAGCCUGUUUAUGGGGUGCACCUGCCCCAGGCAGUGGCCAACAGGCUUAGAGUCCUAGAUGAGCAGACCAGCCAGACACUGACAACCAUCAAAGAGGACAAUAAGUUUUUCUUUGACCCCAGUGCUAAGGAAAAGGUGACUUAUCAGCAGCUCAAGGAGCGAUGUGUCCUGGACAGUAACACUGGCCUGUGGCUGCUGCCAUUGCCCCAGGACAUUGUGCUUGAGGUAGAUGAACACACUGCUGUGGCACUGAGGGCCAUGAAAGUGCCCAUCAGCAUGGGGAGGUUCCAAGGGUGCAGUGUGUCACUCUGGGACCUGCUUCGCUCAGAGUACAUCAAUGCGGACAAGCGCCAGGAGCUGGUAGCACUCUGUCAGUCUGGGCGAGCCGCAGCCCUGAGGCAGGUAGUCACUGCGAUCACUGCCCUGGUGGAGGCUGCAGAAAAGCAGACCCCAAAGGUCACCUUCAGAGGACUCCGGAAAGAGGUGUCUGCCAAUGACCUAUUCAGAUCUCAGCUGAUUAACAAGCAGACAUUGGAUGAAUUGACUCAAGGGAAGAGGACAGUGGAAGAGGUAACAAAGAUGGACAGUGUGAAGCAGUCCCUGGAAGGAGGCAACUUCAUUGCUGGCAUCCUCAUCCAGGAUACCAAUGAGAAGAUGAGCAUCUCUGAGGCCUUGAGAAGGAAUAUCCUGCGGCCUGGCACGGCUCUAGUGCUCCUGGAAGCACAGGCGGCCACCGGCUUCAUCAUCGACCCAGUGGAGAAUCAGAAGCUGACUGUGGAGGAGGCAUUCACAGCUGGGAUGUUCAGCAAGGAUACCUUUGUAAAGUUGCUGUCAGCAGAGCGCGCCGUCACCGGCUACACCGACCCCUACUCUGGGGAGCAGAUCUCGCUCUUCCAGGCCAUGCAGAGGGACCUCGUCGUGCGCGACCACGGCAUCCGCCUGCUGGAGGCCCAGAUCGCCACGGGUGGCAUCAUCGACCCUGUGCACAGCCACCGCGUGCCUGUGGAUGUGGCCUACCAGCGUGGCUACUUUGAUGAGGAAAUGAACCAAAUCCUGGCGGACUCCAGUGACGACACCAAGGGCUUCUUCGACCCUAACACACAUGAGAACCUCACGUACUUGCAACUGCUGGAGCGCUGCAUAGAAGAUCCUGAGACAGGCCUAUACAUGUUACAGAUUGUAAAGAAAGGAGAGACCUACAAAUACAUUGAUGAGGCCACAAGGCACAUGCUGAAAUCCAGAACUGUAGAAAUGCAUUUGGGGAGAUUUAAAGGUCAGACAGUGUCUGUCUGGGAUGUCUUGUGCUCUCAGUACUUCACAGAGAAAAAGAAAAAAGAGCUAGUGUGGGAGUACAGGACCCAGAAUAUGGACAUAGACAAACUGCUGGCAGUCAUAACCACUACUAUCGAAGAAAUAGAAAAACAAAGCCAAGUCAUCAAGGUACCAGCCAUUCAGGGGGAAGUAACAGCUGCAGAACUGUUCAACUCUGGGGCCAUCAACAAGAAGACCCUGGAUGCAAUUUGCAGUGGGAAGAGUGGAUCCCAGGACCUCCACCAGCUGGAUCAUGUGAACGCCUACCUGGAGGGCACCGGCUGCAUUGCUGGGGUGACUUUACCCUCCACCAAAGAGGUCCUGAGCUUUGAGGAGGCCAGCAAGAAAAAGCUCAUCCCUGCAGGAUUCGCAGCCCAGAUGCUAGAAGCUCAGGCAGCCACUGGGUUCCUGCUAGACCCCCACACCCACCAGAAACUGUGUGUGAACGAGGCUGUAGCAGCAGGCUUGGUAAGCAGAGAACUGCAGGAAAGGCUUCUGGCUGCAGAGAGAGCUGCAAUGGGCUAUACUGACCCAGAUACAGGGGAAAUAAUCCCACUGUUCAUGGCCAUGAAGAAAAAGCUAAUCCAGAGAGACGAGGCCCUGAGGCUGCUGGAGGUGCAGGUAGCCACAGGUGGCAUCGUGGAUCCCCUGCACCACCAUCGGCUGCCACUGGAAACAGCCUACAGACGUGGAUGUCUGCACAAGGACAUAUAUGCACUCAUUGAAGAUAAAAAGCAUGUAACAAAAAGGUUUGUGGAUCCCAACACACAUGACAAAGUCACCUAUCAGGAGCUUCAGAAUAGAUGCCAGAGGGAGGAAUCUGGCUGGAUUCUUUUCCCGCUGAUCAGGGAGGCAAAAGAUGCUACAUAUGUUGAUGAGGCAACCAAAAGAGUCUUUGAGGCACACAAAGUAGAGAUAAAGGUGGGUAAGUACAGGGAUCAGAGGCCAUCUGUGUGGGAGUUGCUGAAUUCAGAAUAUGUAACUGAGGAGAAAAAGCUAGAACUAGUUAGAGUAUACAAAGAAAACACAGCACAAGCACUAGAUACAGUAGUUAAAGUCAUUUUACAAAUAAUUGCAGAGAAGGAAACAAAGACAAAACAACUAUGGUUCAGUGGAAUCAGAACAAAAAUAACAGCACUGGAGCUUUAUGGAUCAAAAAUCAUCACAAAGGAGACAUUGUCAGACCUAGAGGAAGGGAAGAGUACCAUAGCACAAAUUGAAAAAAAAGAGGAGGUGAAAAGAUACCUGGAGGGCACCAGCUGCAUCGCGGGGGUGCUGGUGCCCGGCAAGGGCCAGGCGGGCCGCCAGGAGAAGAUGAGCAUCUACCAGGCCAUGUGGAAGGGGCUGCUGCGGCCCGGCACGGCCCUGGUGCUCCUGGAGGCACAGGCGGCCACCGGCUUCGUCAUCGACCCGGUGAGCAACCGGAAGCUGUCCGUGGAGGAGGCCGUGGCCGAGGGCGUGGUGGGCGGCGAGAUCCGGGAGAAGCUGCUGUCUGCCGAGCGCGCCGUCACCGGCUACACCGACCCCUACUCCGGGGAGCAGAUCUCGCUCUUCCAGGCCAUGCAGAGGGACCUCAUCGUGCGCGACCACGGCAUCCGCCUGCUGGAGGCCCAGAUCGCCACGGGUGGCAUCAUCGACCCGGUGCACAGCCACCGCGUGCCUGUGGGCGUGGCCUACCAGCGCGGCUACUUUGACGAGGAGAUGAACCGCGUCCUGGCGGACCCCGGCGACGACACCAAGGGCUUCUUCGACCCCAACACGCACGAGAACCUCACCUACGUGCAGCUGCUGCGCCGAUGCGUGCGCGACCCGGACACCGGCCUCUACAUGCUGCAGCUGGCGGCCCAGGGCUCCGCGGUGCACCAGCUGAGCGAGGAGCUGCGCAGCGCUCUGCGAGACGCGCGGGUGACGCCGGGCUCGGGCGACUUCCAGGGCCAGAGCGUCUCCGUCUGGGAGCUCCUCUUCUACCGCGAGGUGCCCGAGAGCCUGCGCCAGGACCUCCUGGGCCGGUACCGGGCGGGCACGCUGACCGUGAGGGACGUGGGCGCCACCCUGGCCUCGCUGCUGGCCCGGGCCAACGACGGGACCCCGCCCGGGGCCCUACGCGCGGCCACCAUGGAGGUCCGGGUGGGCCACCUGCAGGGGCGCACGGUCCCCGUGUGGGACGUGCUGGCGUCCAGCUACGUGAGCGGGACCACCCGGGAGGAACUGCUUGCCCAGUUUGGCUCAGGAGCACUGUCCUUGCCUGCGCUGACCCGCAGGCUGACUACCAUCAUCGAGGAGGCCGAGGGGCCCCACGGGGCCCGGCCCGAGUCUCGGGAGCCCUCGCCCGGCAAGGGGGAGCCAUCCCCACGCGAGACCGAGGCUGAGGCUGCCCGCCGCCGCCGCCAGGAGCAGGCCCUCCGUGCCGCCACCAUGGAGGUGCGCUCGGGGCAGUUCCAGGGCCAGCCGGUGCCCGUGUGGGACGUCCUCUUCUCCUCUUACUUGACCGAGGCCCGCCGCGACGAGCUCCUGGCCCAGCACGCGGCCGGCACCCUGGCACUGCCCGACCUCGUGGCCAUCCUCAUCCGGAUCAUCGAGGAGACAGAGACACGGCUUAGCAGCGUGUCCUUCCGGGGCCUGCGGCGCAGGGUGUCGGCGUCCGAGCUGCACAAGUCCGGGAUCCUGGGCCCCGACACCCUCCGAGACCUGGCCCAGGGCGCCAAGACGCUGCAGGAGGUGACGGAGAUGGACUCGGUCAAGCGUUACCUGGAGGGCACCAGCUGCAUCGCGGGGGUGCUGGUGCCCGGCAAGGGCCAGGCGGGCCGCCAGGAGAAGAUGAGCAUCUACCAGGCCAUGUGGAAGGGGCUGCUGCGGCCCGGCACGGCCCUGGUGCUCCUGGAGGCACAGGCGGCCACCGGCUUCGUCAUCGACCCGGUGAGCAACCGGAAGCUGUCCGUGGAGGAGGCCGUGGCCGAGGGCGUGGUGGGCGGCGAGAUCCGGGAGAAGCUGCUGUCUGCCGAGCGCGCCGUCACCGGCUACACCGACCCCUACUCCGGGGAGCAGAUCUCGCUCUUCCAGGCCAUGCAGAGGGACCUCAUCGUGCGCGACCACGGCAUCCGCCUGCUGGAGGCCCAGAUCGCCACGGGUGGCAUCAUCGACCCGGUGCACAGCCACCGCGUGCCUGUGGGCGUGGCCUACCAGCGCGGCUACUUUGACGAGGAGAUGAACCGCGUCCUGGCGGACCCCGGCGACGACACCAAGGGCUUCUUCGACCCCAACACGCACGAGAACCUCACCUACGUGCAGCUGCUGCGCCGAUGCGUGCGCGACCCGGACACCGGCCUCUACAUGCUGCAGCUGGCGGCCCAGGGCUCCGCGGUGCACCAGCUGAGCGAGGAGCUGCGCAGCGCUCUGCGAGACGCGCGGGUGACGCCGGGCUCGGGCGACUUCCAGGGCCAGAGCGUCUCCGUCUGGGAGCUCCUCUUCUACCGCGAGGUGCCCGAGAGCCUGCGCCAGGACCUCCUGGGCCGGUACCGGGCGGGCACGCUGACCGUGAGGGACGUGGGCGCCACCCUGGCCUCGCUGCUGGCCCGGGCCAACGACGGGACCCCGCCCGGGGCCCUACGCGCGGCCACCAUGGAGGUCCGGGUGGGCCACCUGCAGGGGCGCACGGUCCCCGUGUGGGACGUGCUGGCGUCCAGCUACGUGAGCGGGACCACCCGGGAGGAACUGCUUGCCCAGUUUGGCUCAGGAGCACUGUCCUUGCCUGCGCUGACCCGCAGGCUGACUACCAUCAUCGAGGAGGCCGAGGGGCCCCACGGGGCCCGGCCCGAGUCUCGGGAGCCCUCGCCCGGCAAGGGGGAGCCAUCCCCACGCGAGACCGAGGCUGAGGCUGCCCGCCGCCGCCGCCAGGAGCAGGCCCUCCGUGCCGCCACCAUGGAGGUGCGCUCGGGGCAGUUCCAGGGCCAGCCGGUGCCCGUGUGGGACGUCCUCUUCUCCUCUUACUUGACCGAGGCCCGCCGCGACGAGCUCCUGGCCCAGCACGCGGCCGGCACCCUGGCACUGCCCGACCUCGUGGCCAUCCUCAUCCGGAUCAUCGAGGAGACAGAGACACGGCUUAGCAGCGUGUCCUUCCGGGGCCUGCGGCGCAGGGUGUCGGCGUCCGAGCUGCACAAGUCCGGGAUCCUGGGCCCCGACACCCUCCGAGACCUGGCCCAGGGCGCCAAGACGCUGCAGGAGGUGACGGAGAUGGACUCGGUCAAGCGUUACCUGGAGGGCACCAGCUGCAUCGCGGGGGUGCUGGUGCCCGGCAAGGGCCAGGCGGGCCGCCAGGAGAAGAUGAGCAUCUACCAGGCCAUGUGGAAGGGGCUGCUGCGGCCCGGCACGGCCCUGGUGCUCCUGGAGGCACAGGCGGCCACCGGCUUCGUCAUCGACCCGGUGAGCAACCGGAAGCUGUCCGUGGAGGAGGCCGUGGCCGAGGGCGUGGUGGGCGGCGAGAUCCGGGAGAAGCUGCUGUCUGCCGAGCGCGCCGUCACCGGCUACACCGACCCCUACUCCGGGGAGCAGAUCUCGCUCUUCCAGGCCAUGCAGAGGGACCUCAUCGUGCGCGACCACGGCAUCCGCCUGCUGGAGGCCCAGAUCGCCACGGGUGGCAUCAUCGACCCGGUGCACAGCCACCGCGUGCCUGUGGGCGUGGCCUACCAGCGCGGCUACUUUGACGAGGAGAUGAACCGCGUCCUGGCGGACCCCGGCGACGACACCAAGGGCUUCUUCGACCCCAACACGCACGAGAACCUCACCUACGUGCAGCUGCUGCGCCGAUGCGUGCGCGACCCGGACACCGGCCUCUACAUGCUGCAGCUGGCGGCCCAGGGCUCCGCGGUGCACCAGCUGAGCGAGGAGCUGCGCAGCGCUCUGCGAGACGCGCGGGUGACGCCGGGCUCGGGCGACUUCCAGGGCCAGAGCGUCUCCGUCUGGGAGCUCCUCUUCUACCGCGAGGUGCCCGAGAGCCUGCGCCAGGACCUCCUGGGCCGGUACCGGGCGGGCACGCUGACCGUGAGGGACGUGGGCGCCACCCUGGCCUCGCUGCUGGCCCGGGCCAACGACGGGACCCCGCCCGGGGCCCUACGCGCGGCCACCAUGGAGGUCCGGGUGGGCCACCUGCAGGGGCGCACGGUCCCCGUGUGGGACGUGCUGGCGUCCAGCUACGUGAGCGGGACCACCCGGGAGGAACUGCUUGCCCAGUUUGGCUCAGGAGCACUGUCCUUGCCUGCGCUGACCCGCAGGCUGACUACCAUCAUCGAGGAGGCCGAGGGGCCCCACGGGGCCCGGCCCGAGUCUCGGGAGCCCUCGCCCGGCAAGGGGGAGCCAUCCCCACGCGAGACCGAGGCUGAGGCUGCCCGCCGCCGCCGCCAGGAGCAGGCCCUCCGUGCCGCCACCAUGGAGGUGCGCUCGGGGCAGUUCCAGGGCCAGCCGGUGCCCGUGUGGGACGUCCUCUUCUCCUCUUACUUGACCGAGGCCCGCCGCGACGAGCUCCUGGCCCAGCACGCGGCCGGCACCCUGGCACUGCCCGACCUCGUGGCCAUCCUCAUCCGGAUCAUCGAGGAGACAGAGACACGGCUUAGCAGCGUGUCCUUCCGGGGCCUGCGGCGCAGGGUGUCGGCGUCCGAGCUGCACAAGUCCGGGAUCCUGGGCCCCGACACCCUCCGAGACCUGGCCCAGGGCGCCAAGACGCUGCAGGAGGUGACGGAGAUGGACUCGGUCAAGCGUUACCUGGAGGGCACCAGCUGCAUCGCGGGGGUGCUGGUGCCCGGCAAGGGCCAGGCGGGCCGCCAGGAGAAGAUGAGCAUCUACCAGGCCAUGUGGAAGGGGCUGCUGCGGCCCGGCACGGCCCUGGUGCUCCUGGAGGCACAGGCGGCCACCGGCUUCGUCAUCGACCCGGUGAGCAACCGGAAGCUGUCCGUGGAGGAGGCCGUGGCCGAGGGCGUGGUGGGCGGCGAGAUCCGGGAGAAGCUGCUGUCUGCCGAGCGCGCCGUCACCGGCUACACCGACCCCUACUCCGGGGAGCAGAUCUCGCUCUUCCAGGCCAUGCAGAGGGACCUCAUCGUGCGCGACCACGGCAUCCGCCUGCUGGAGGCCCAGAUCGCCACGGGUGGCAUCAUCGACCCGGUGCACAGCCACCGCGUGCCUGUGGGCGUGGCCUACCAGCGCGGCUACUUUGACGAGGAGAUGAACCGCGUCCUGGCGGACCCCGGCGACGACACCAAGGGCUUCUUCGACCCCAACACGCACGAGAACCUCACCUACGUGCAGCUGCUGCGCCGAUGCGUGCGCGACCCGGACACCGGCCUCUACAUGCUGCAGCUGGCGGCCCAGGGCUCCGCGGUGCACCAGCUGAGCGAGGAGCUGCGCAGCGCUCUGCGAGACGCGCGGGUGACGCCGGGCUCGGGCGACUUCCAGGGCCAGAGCGUCUCCGUCUGGGAGCUCCUCUUCUACCGCGAGGUGCCCGAGAGCCUGCGCCAGGACCUCCUGGGCCGGUACCGGGCGGGCACGCUGACCGUGAGGGACGUGGGCGCCACCCUGGCCUCGCUGCUGGCCCGGGCCAACGACGGGACCCCGCCCGGGGCCCUACGCGCGGCCACCAUGGAGGUCCGGGUGGGCCACCUGCAGGGGCGCACGGUCCCCGUGUGGGACGUGCUGGCGUCCAGCUACGUGAGCGGGACCACCCGGGAGGAACUGCUUGCCCAGUUUGGCUCAGGAGCACUGUCCUUGCCUGCGCUGACCCGCAGGCUGACUACCAUCAUCGAGGAGGCCGAGGGGCCCCACGGGGCCCGGCCCGAGUCUCGGGAGCCCUCGCCCGGCAAGGGGGAGCCAUCCCCACGCGAGACCGAGGCUGAGGCUGCCCGCCGCCGCCGCCAGGAGCAGGCCCUCCGUGCCGCCACCAUGGAGGUGCGCUCGGGGCAGUUCCAGGGCCAGCCGGUGCCCGUGUGGGACGUCCUCUUCUCCUCUUACUUGACCGAGGCCCGCCGCGACGAGCUCCUGGCCCAGCACGCGGCCGGCACCCUGGCACUGCCCGACCUCGUGGCCAUCCUCAUCCGGAUCAUCGAGGAGACAGAGACACGGCUUAGCAGCGUGUCCUUCCGGGGCCUGCGGCGCAGGGUGUCGGCGUCCGAGCUGCACAAGUCCGGGAUCCUGGGCCCCGACACCCUCCGAGACCUGGCCCAGGGCGCCAAGACGCUGCAGGAGGUGACGGAGAUGGACUCGGUCAAGCGUUACCUGGAGGGCACCAGCUGCAUCGCGGGGGUGCUGGUGCCCGGCAAGGGCCAGGCGGGCCGCCAGGAGAAGAUGAGCAUCUACCAGGCCAUGUGGAAGGGGCUGCUGCGGCCCGGCACGGCCCUGGUGCUCCUGGAGGCACAGGCGGCCACCGGCUUCGUCAUCGACCCGGUGAGCAACCGGAAGCUGUCCGUGGAGGAGGCCGUGGCCGAGGGCGUGGUGGGCGGCGAGAUCCGGGAGAAGCUGCUGUCUGCCGAGCGCGCCGUCACCGGCUACACCGACCCCUACUCCGGGGAGCAGAUCUCGCUCUUCCAGGCCAUGCAGAGGGACCUCAUCGUGCGCGACCACGGCAUCCGCCUGCUGGAGGCCCAGAUCGCCACGGGUGGCAUCAUCGACCCGGUGCACAGCCACCGCGUGCCUGUGGGCGUGGCCUACCAGCGCGGCUACUUUGACGAGGAGAUGAACCGCGUCCUGGCGGACCCCGGCGACGACACCAAGGGCUUCUUCGACCCCAACACGCACGAGAACCUCACCUACGUGCAGCUGCUGCGCCGAUGCGUGCGCGACCCGGACACCGGCCUCUACAUGCUGCAGCUGGCGGCCCAGGGCUCCGCGGUGCACCAGCUGAGCGAGGAGCUGCGCAGCGCUCUGCGAGACGCGCGGGUGACGCCGGGCUCGGGCGACUUCCAGGGCCAGAGCGUCUCCGUCUGGGAGCUCCUCUUCUACCGCGAGGUGCCCGAGAGCCUGCGCCAGGACCUCCUGGGCCGGUACCGGGCGGGCACGCUGACCGUGAGGGACGUGGGCGCCACCCUGGCCUCGCUGCUGGCCCGGGCCAACGACGGGACCCCGCCCGGGGCCCUACGCGCGGCCACCAUGGAGGUCCGGGUGGGCCACCUGCAGGGGCGCACGGUCCCCGUGUGGGACGUGCUGGCGUCCAGCUACGUGAGCGGGACCACCCGGGAGGAACUGCUUGCCCAGUUUGGCUCAGGAGCACUGUCCUUGCCUGCGCUGACCCGCAGGCUGACUACCAUCAUCGAGGAGGCCGAGGGGUCCCACGGGGCCCGGCCCGAGUCUCGGGAGCCCUCGCCCGGCAAGGGGGAGCCAUCCCCACGCGAGACCGAGGCUGAGGCUGCCCGCCGCCGCCGCCAGGAGCAGGCCCUCCGUGCCGCCACCAUGGAGGUGCGCUCGGGGCAGUUCCAGGGCCAGCCGGUGCCCGUGUGGGACGUCCUCUUCUCCUCUUACUUGACCGAGGCCCGCCGCGACGAGCUCCUGGCCCAGCACGCGGCCGGCACCCUGGCACUGCCCGACCUCGUGGCCAUCCUCAUCCGGAUCAUCGAGGAGACAGAGACACGGCUUAGCAGCGUGUCCUUCCGGGGCCUGCGGCGCAGGGUGUCGGCGUCCGAGCUGCACAAGUCCGGGAUCCUGGGCCCCGACACCCUCCGAGACCUGGCCCAGGGCGCCAAGACGCUGCAGGAGGUGACGGAGAUGGACUCGGUCAAGCGUUACCUGGAGGGCACCAGCUGCAUCGCGGGGGUGCUGGUGCCCGGCAAGGGCCAGGCGGGCCGCCAGGAGAAGAUGAGCAUCUACCAGGCCAUGUGGAAGGGGCUGCUGCGGCCCGGCACGGCCCUGGUGCUCCUGGAGGCACAGGCGGCCACCGGCUUCGUCAUCGACCCGGUGAGCAACCGGAAGCUGUCCGUGGAGGAGGCCGUGGCCGAGGGCGUGGUGGGCGGCGAGAUCCGGGAGAAGCUGCUGUCUGCCGAGCGCGCCGUCACCGGCUACACCGACCCCUACUCCGGGGAGCAGAUCUCGCUCUUCCAGGCCAUGCAGAGGGACCUCAUCGUGCGCGACCACGGCAUCCGCCUGCUGGAGGCCCAGAUCGCCACGGGUGGCAUCAUCGACCCGGUGCACAGCCACCGCGUGCCUGUGGGCGUGGCCUACCAGCGCGGCUACUUUGACGAGGAGAUGAACCGCGUCCUGGCGGACCCCGGCGACGACACCAAGGGCUUCUUCGACCCCAACACGCACGAGAACCUCACCUACGUGCAGCUGCUGCGCCGAUGCGUGCGCGACCCGGACACCGGCCUCUACAUGCUGCAGCUGGCGGCCCAGGGCUCCGCGGUGCACCAGCUGAGCGAGGAGCUGCGCAGCGCUCUGCGAGACGCGCGGGUGACGCCGGGCUCGGGCGACUUCCAGGGCCAGAGCGUCUCCGUCUGGGAGCUCCUCUUCUACCGCGAGGUGCCCGAGAGCCUGCGCCAGGACCUCCUGGGCCGGUACCGGGCGGGCACGCUGACCGUGAGGGACGUGGGCGCCACCCUGGCCUCGCUGCUGGCCCGGGCCAACGACGGGACCCCGCCCGGGGCCCUACGCGCGGCCACCAUGGAGGUCCGGGUGGGCCACCUGCAGGGGCGCACGGUCCCCGUGUGGGACGUGCUGGCGUCCAGCUACGUGAGCGGGACCACCCGGGAGGAACUGCUUGCCCAGUUUGGCUCAGGAGCACUGUCCUUGCCUGCGCUGACCCGCAGGCUGACUACCAUCAUCGAGGAGGCCGAGGGGCCCCACGGGGCCCGGCCCGAGUCUCGGGAGCCCUCGCCCGGCAAGGGGGAGCCAUCCCCACGCGAGACCGAGGCUGAGGCUGCCCGCCGCCGCCGCCAGGAGCAGGCCCUCCGUGCCGCCACCAUGGAGGUGCGCUCGGGGCAGUUCCAGGGCCAGCCGGUGCCCGUGUGGGACGUCCUCUUCUCCUCUUACUUGACCGAGGCCCGCCGCGACGAGCUCCUGGCCCAGCACGCGGCCGGCACCCUGGCACUGCCCGACCUCGUGGCCAUCCUCAUCCGGAUCAUCGAGGAGACAGAGACACGGCUUAGCAGCGUGUCCUUCCGGGGCCUGCGGCGCAGGGUGUCGGCGUCCGAGCUGCACAAGUCCGGGAUCCUGGGCCCCGACACCCUCCGAGACCUGGCCCAGGGCGCCAAGACGCUGCAGGAGGUGACGGAGAUGGACUCGGUCAAGCGUUACCUGGAGGGCACCAGCUGCAUCGCGGGGGUGCUGGUGCCCGGCAAGGGCCAGGCGGGCCGCCAGGAGAAGAUGAGCAUCUACCAGGCCAUGUGGAAGGGGCUGCUGCGGCCCGGCACGGCCCUGGUGCUCCUGGAGGCACAGGCGGCCACCGGCUUCGUCAUCGACCCGGUGAGCAACCGGAAGCUGUCCGUGGAGGAGGCCGUGGCCGAGGGCGUGGUGGGCGGCGAGAUCCGGGAGAAGCUGCUGUCUGCCGAGCGCGCCGUCACCGGCUACACCGACCCCUACUCCGGGGAGCAGAUCUCGCUCUUCCAGGCCAUGCAGAGGGACCUCAUCGUGCGCGACCACGGCAUCCGCCUGCUGGAGGCCCAGAUCGCCACGGGUGGCAUCAUCGACCCGGUGCACAGCCACCGCGUGCCUGUGGGCGUGGCCUACCAGCGCGGCUACUUUGACGAGGAGAUGAACCGCGUCCUGGCGGACCCCGGCGACGACACCAAGGGCUUCUUCGACCCCAACACGCACGAGAACCUCACCUACGUGCAGCUGCUGCGCCGAUGCGUGCGCGACCCGGACACCGGCCUCUACAUGCUGCAGCUGGCGGCCCAGGGCUCCGUGGUGCACCAGCUGAGCGAGGAGCUGCGCAGCGCUCUGCGAGACGCGCGGGUGACGCCGGGCUCGGGCGACUUCCAGGGCCAGAGCGUCUCCGUCUGGGAGCUCCUCUUCUACCGCGAGGUGCCCGAGAGCCUGCGCCAGGACCUCCUGGGCCGGUACCGGGCGGGCACGCUGACCGUGAGGGACGUGGGCGCCACCCUGGCCUCGCUGCUGGCCCGGGCCAACGACGGGACCCCGCCCGGGGCCCUACGCGCGGCCACCAUGGAGGUCCGGGUGGGCCACCUGCAGGGGCGCACGGUCCCCGUGUGGGACGUGCUGGCGUCCAGCUACGUGAGCGGGACCACCCGGGAGGAACUGCUUGCCCAGUUUGGCUCAGGAGCACUGUCCUUGCCUGCGCUGACCCGCAGGCUGACUACCAUCAUCGAGGAGGCCGAGGGGCCCCACGGGGCCCGGCCCGAGUCUCGGGAGCCCUCGCCCGGCAAGGGGGAGCCAUCCCCACGCGAGACCGAGGCUGAGGCUGCCCGCCGCCGCCGCCAGGAGCAGGCCCUCCGUGCCGCCACCAUGGAGGUGCGCUCGGGGCAGUUCCAGGGCCAGCCGGUGCCCGUGUGGGACGUCCUCUUCUCCUCUUACUUGACCGAGGCCCGCCGCGACGAGCUCCUGGCCCAGCACGCGGCCGGCACCCUGGCACUGCCCGACCUCGUGGCCAUCCUCAUCCGGAUCAUCGAGGAGACAGAGACACGGCUUAGCAGCGUGUCCUUCCGGGGCCUGCGGCGCAGGGUGUCGGCGUCCGAGCUGCACAAGUCCGGGAUCCUGGGCCCCGACACCCUCCGAGACCUGGCCCAGGGCGCCAAGACGCUGCAGGAGGUGACGGAGAUGGACUCGGUCAAGCGUUACCUGGAGGGCACCAGCUGCAUCGCGGGGGUGCUGGUGCCCGGCAAGGGCCAGGCGGGCCGCCAGGAGAAGAUGAGCAUCUACCAGGCCAUGUGGAAGGGGCUGCUGCGGCCCGGCACGGCCCUGGUGCUCCUGGAGGCACAGGCGGCCACCGGCUUCGUCAUCGACCCGGUGAGCAACCGGAAGCUGUCCGUGGAGGAGGCCGUGGCCGAGGGCGUGGUGGGCGGCGAGAUCCGGGAGAAGCUGCUGUCUGCCGAGCGCGCCGUCACCGGCUACACCGACCCCUACUCCGGGGAGCAGAUCUCGCUCUUCCAGGCCAUGCAGAGGGACCUCAUCGUGCGCGACCACGGCAUCCGCCUGCUGGAGGCCCAGAUCGCCACGGGUGGCAUCAUCGACCCGGUGCACAGCCACCGCGUGCCUGUGGGCGUGGCCUACCAGCGCGGCUACUUUGACGAGGAGAUGAACCGCGUCCUGGCGGACCCCGGCGACGACACCAAGGGCUUCUUCGACCCCAACACGCACGAGAACCUCACCUACGUGCAGCUGCUGCGCCGAUGCGUGCGCGACCCGGACACCGGCCUCUACAUGCUGCAGCUGGCGGCCCAGGGCUCCGCGGUGCACCAGCUGAGCGAGGAGCUGCGCAGCGCUCUGCGAGACGCGCGGGUGACGCCGGGCUCGGGCGACUUCCAGGGCCAGAGCGUCUCCGUCUGGGAGCUCCUCUUCUACCGCGAGGUGCCCGAGAGCCUGCGCCAGGACCUCCUGGGCCGGUACCGGGCGGGCACGCUGACCGUGAGGGACGUGGGCGCCACCCUGGCCUCGCUGCUGGCCCGGGCCAACGACGGGACCCCGCCCGGGGCCCUACGCGCGGCCACCAUGGAGGUCCGGGUGGGCCACCUGCAGGGGCGCACGGUCCCCGUGUGGGACGUGCUGGCGUCCAGCUACGUGAGCGGGACCACCCGGGAGGAACUGCUUGCCCAGUUUGGCUCAGGAGCACUGUCCUUGCCUGCGCUGACCCGCAGGCUGACUACCAUCAUCGAGGAGGCCGAGGGGUCCCACGGGGCCCGGCCCGAGUCUCGGGAGCCCUCGCCCGGCAAGGGGGAGCCAUCCCCACGCGAGACCGAGGCUGAGGCUGCCCGCCGCCGCCGCCAGGAGCAGGCCCUCCGUGCCGCCACCAUGGAGGUGCGCUCGGGGCAGUUCCAGGGCCAGCCGGUGCCCGUGUGGGACGUCCUCUUCUCCUCUUACUUGACCGAGGCCCGCCGCGACGAGCUCCUGGCCCAGCACGCGGCCGGCACCCUGGCACUGCCCGACCUCGUGGCCAUCCUCAUCCGGAUCAUCGAGGAGACAGAGACACGGCUUAGCAGCGUGUCCUUCCGGGGCCUGCGGCGCAGGGUGUCGGCGUCCGAGCUGCACAAGUCCGGGAUCCUGGGCCCCGACACCCUCCGAGACCUGGCCCAGGGCGCCAAGACGCUGCAGGAGGUGACGGAGAUGGACUCGGUCAAGCGUUACCUGGAGGGCACCAGCUGCAUCGCGGGGGUGCUGGUGCCCGGCAAGGGCCAGGCGGGCCGCCAGGAGAAGAUGAGCAUCUACCAGGCCAUGUGGAAGGGGCUGCUGCGGCCCGGCACGGCCCUGGUGCUCCUGGAGGCACAGGCGGCCACCGGCUUCGUCAUCGACCCGGUGAGCAACCGGAAGCUGUCCGUGGAGGAGGCCGUGGCCGAGGGCGUGGUGGGCGGCGAGAUCCGGGAGAAGCUGCUGUCUGCCGAGCGCGCCGUCACCGGCUACACCGACCCCUACUCCGGGGAGCAGAUCUCGCUCUUCCAGGCCAUGCAGAGGGACCUCAUCGUGCGCGACCACGGCAUCCGCCUGCUGGAGGCCCAGAUCGCCACGGGUGGCAUCAUCGACCCGGUGCACAGCCACCGCGUGCCUGUGGGCGUGGCCUACCAGCGCGGCUACUUUGACGAGGAGAUGAACCGCGUCCUGGCGGACCCCGGCGACGACACCAAGGGCUUCUUCGACCCCAACACGCACGAGAACCUCACCUACGUGCAGCUGCUGCGCCGAUGCGUGCGCGACCCGGACACCGGCCUCUACAUGCUGCAGCUGGCGGCCCAGGGCUCCGCGGUGCACCAGCUGAGCGAGGAGCUGCGCAGCGCUCUGCGAGACGCGCGGGUGACGCCGGGCUCGGGCGACUUCCAGGGCCAGAGCGUCUCCGUCUGGGAGCUCCUCUUCUACCGCGAGGUGCCCGAGAGCCUGCGCCAGGACCUCCUGGGCCGGUACCGGGCGGGCACGCUGACCGUGAGGGACGUGGGCGCCACCCUGGCCUCGCUGCUGGCCCGGGCCAACGACGGGACCCCGCCCGGGGCCCUACGCGCGGCCACCAUGGAGGUCCGGGUGGGCCACCUGCAGGGGCGCACGGUCCCCGUGUGGGACGUGCUGGCGUCCAGCUACGUGAGCGGGACCACCCGGGAGGAACUGCUUGCCCAGUUUGGCUCAGGAGCACUGUCCUUGCCUGCGCUGACCCGCAGGCUGACUACCAUCAUCGAGGAGGCCGAGGGGCCCCACGGGGCCCGGCCCGAGUCUCGGGAGCCCUCGCCCGGCAAGGGGGAGCCAUCCCCACGCGAGACCGAGGCUGAGGCUGCCCGCCGCCGCCGCCAGGAGCAGGCCCUCCGUGCCGCCACCAUGGAGGUGCGCUCGGGGCAGUUCCAGGGCCAGCCGGUGCCCGUGUGGGACGUCCUCUUCUCCUCUUACUUGACCGAGGCCCGCCGCGACGAGCUCCUGGCCCAGCACGCGGCCGGCACCCUGGCACUGCCCGACCUCGUGGCCAUCCUCAUCCGGAUCAUCGAGGAGACAGAGACACGGCUUAGCAGCGUGUCCUUCCGGGGCCUGCGGCGCAGGGUGUCGGCGUCCGAGCUGCACAAGUCCGGGAUCCUGGGCCCCGACACCCUCCGAGACCUGGCCCAGGGCGCCAAGACGCUGCAGGAGGUGACGGAGAUGGACUCGGUCAAGCGUUACCUGGAGGGCACCAGCUGCAUCGCGGGGGUGCUGGUGCCCGGCAAGGGCCAGGCGGGCCGCCAGGAGAAGAUGAGCAUCUACCAGGCCAUGUGGAAGGGGCUGCUGCGGCCCGGCACAGCCCUGGUGCUCCUGGAGGCACAGGCGGCCACCGGCUUCGUCAUCGACCCGGUGAGCAACCGGAAGCUGUCCGUGGAGGAGGCCGUGGCCGAGGGCGUGGUGGGCGGCGAGAUCCGGGAGAAGCUGCUGUCUGCCGAGCGCGCCGUCACCGGCUACACCGACCCCUACUCCGGGGAGCAGAUCUCGCUCUUCCAGGCCAUGCAGAGGGACCUCAUCGUGCGCGACCACGGCAUCCGCCUGCUGGAGGCCCAGAUCGCCACGGGUGGCAUCAUCGACCCGGUGCACAGCCACCGCGUGCCUGUGGGCGUGGCCUACCAGCGCGGCUACUUUGACGAGGAGAUGAACCGCGUCCUGGCGGACCCCGGCGACGACACCAAGGGCUUCUUCGACCCCAACACGCACGAGAACCUCACCUACGUGCAGCUGCUGCGCCGAUGCGUGCGCGACCCGGACACCGGCCUCUACAUGCUGCAGCUGGCGGCCCAGGGCUCCGCGGUGCACCAGCUGAGCGAGGAGCUGCGCAGCGCUCUGCGAGACGCGCGGGUGACGCCGGGCUCGGGCGACUUCCAGGGCCAGAGCGUCUCCGUCUGGGAGCUCCUCUUCUACCGCGAGGUGCCCGAGAGCCUGCGCCAGGACCUCCUGGGCCGGUACCGGGCGGGCACGCUGACCGUGAGGGACGUGGGCGCCACCCUGGCCUCGCUGCUGGCCCGGGCCAACGACGGGACCCCGCCCGGGGCCCUACGCGCGGCCACCAUGGAGGUCCGGGUGGGCCACCUGCAGGGGCGCACGGUCCCCGUGUGGGACGUGCUGGCGUCCAGCUACGUGAGCGGGACCACCCGGGAGGAACUGCUUGCCCAGUUUGGCUCAGGAGCACUGUCCUUGCCUGCGCUGACCCGCAGGCUGACUACCAUCAUCGAGGAGGCCGAGGGGCCCCACGGGGCCCGGCCCGAGUCUCGGGAGCCCUCGCCCGGCAAGGGGGAGCCAUCCCCACGCGAGACCGAGGCUGAGGCUGCCCGCCGCCGCCGCCAGGAGCAGGCCCUCCGUGCCGCCACCAUGGAGGUGCGCUCGGGGCAGUUCCAGGGCCAGCCGGUGCCCGUGUGGGACGUCCUCUUCUCCUCUUACUUGACCGAGGCCCGCCGCGACGAGCUCCUGGCCCAGCACGCGGCCGGCACCCUGGCACUGCCCGACCUCGUGGCCAUCCUCAUCCGGAUCAUCGAGGAGACAGAGACACGGCUUAGCAGCGUGUCCUUCCGGGGCCUGCGGCGCAGGGUGUCGGCGUCCGAGCUGCACAAGUCCGGGAUCCUGGGCCCCGACACCCUCCGAGACCUGGCCCAGGGCGCCAAGACGCUGCAGGAGGUGACGGAGAUGGACUCGGUCAAGCGUUACCUGGAGGGCACCAGCUGCAUCGCGGGGGUGCUGGUGCCCGGCAAGGGCCAGGCGGGCCGCCAGGAGAAGAUGAGCAUCUACCAGGCCAUGUGGAAGGGGCUGCUGCGGCCCGGCACAGCCCUGGUGCUCCUGGAGGCACAGGCGGCCACCGGCUUCGUCAUCGACCCGGUGAGCAACCGGAAGCUGUCCGUGGAGGAGGCCGUGGCCGAGGGCGUGGUGGGCGGCGAGAUCCGGGAGAAGCUGCUGUCUGCCGAGCGCGCCGUCACCGGCUACACCGACCCCUACUCCGGGGAGCAGAUCUCGCUCUUCCAGGCCAUGCAGAGGGACCUCAUCGUGCGCGACCACGGCAUCCGCCUGCUGGAGGCCCAGAUCGCCACGGGUGGCAUCAUCGACCCGGUGCACAGCCACCGCGUGCCUGUGGGCGUGGCCUACCAGCGCGGCUACUUUGACGAGGAGAUGAACCGCGUCCUGGCGGACCCCGGCGACGACACCAAGGGCUUCUUCGACCCCAACACGCACGAGAACCUCACCUACGUGCAGCUGCUGCGCCGAUGCGUGCGCGACCCGGACACCGGCCUCUACAUGCUGCAGCUGGCGGCCCAGGGCUCCGCGGUGCACCAGCUGAGCGAGGAGCUGCGCAGCGCUCUGCGAGACGCGCGGGUGACGCCGGGCUCGGGCGACUUCCAGGGCCAGAGCGUCUCCGUCUGGGAGCUCCUCUUCUACCGCGAGGUGCCCGAGAGCCUGCGCCAGGACCUCCUGGGCCGGUACCGGGCGGGCACGCUGACCGUGAGGGACGUGGGCGCCACCCUGGCCUCGCUGCUGGCCCGGGCCAACGACGGGACCCCGCCCGGGGCCCUACGCGCGGCCACCAUGGAGGUCCGGGUGGGCCACCUGCAGGGGCGCACGGUCCCCGUGUGGGACGUGCUGGCGUCCAGCUACGUGAGCGGGACCACCCGGGAGGAACUGCUUGCCCAGUUUGGCUCAGGAGCACUGUCCUUGCCUGCGCUGACCCGCAGGCUGACUACCAUCAUCGAGGAGGCCGAGGGGCCCCACGGGGCCCGGCCCGAGUCUCGGGAGCCCUCGCCCGGCAAGGGGGAGCCAUCCCCACGCGAGACCGAGGCUGAGGCUGCCCGCCGCCGCCGCCAGGAGCAGGCCCUCCGUGCCGCCACCAUGGAGGUGCGCUCGGGGCAGUUCCAGGGCCAGCCGGUGCCCGUGUGGGACGUCCUCUUCUCCUCUUACUUGACCGAGGCCCGCCGCGACGAGCUCCUGGCCCAGCACGCGGCCGGCACCCUGGCACUGCCCGACCUCGUGGCCAUCCUCAUCCGGAUCAUCGAGGAGACAGAGACACGGCUUAGCAGCGUGUCCUUCCGGGGCCUGCGGCGCAGGGUGUCGGCGUCCGAGCUGCACAAGUCCGGGAUCCUGGGCCCCGACACCCUCCGAGACCUGGCCCAGGGCGCCAAGACGCUGCAGGAGGUGACGGAGAUGGACUCGGUCAAGCGUUACCUGGAGGGCACCAGCUGCAUCGCGGGGGUGCUGGUGCCCGGCAAGGGCCAGGCGGGCCGCCAGGAGAAGAUGAGCAUCUACCAGGCCAUGUGGAAGGGGCUGCUGCGGCCCGGCACAGCCCUGGUGCUCCUGGAGGCACAGGCGGCCACCGGCUUCGUCAUCGACCCGGUGAGCAACCGGAAGCUGUCCGUGGAGGAGGCCGUGGCCGAGGGCGUGGUGGGCGGCGAGAUCCGGGAGAAGCUGCUGUCUGCCGAGCGCGCCGUCACCGGCUACACCGACCCCUACUCCGGGGAGCAGAUCUCGCUCUUCCAGGCCAUGCAGAGGGACCUCAUCGUGCGCGACCACGGCAUCCGCCUGCUGGAGGCCCAGAUCGCCACGGGUGGCAUCAUCGACCCGGUGCACAGCCACCGCGUGCCUGUGGGCGUGGCCUACCAGCGCGGCUACUUUGACGAGGAGAUGAACCGCGUCCUGGCGGACCCCGGCGACGACACCAAGGGCUUCUUCGACCCCAACACGCACGAGAACCUCACCUACGUGCAGCUGCUGCGCCGAUGCGUGCGCGACCCGGACACCGGCCUCUACAUGCUGCAGCUGGCGGCCCAGGGCUCCGCGGUGCACCAGCUGAGCGAGGAGCUGCGCAGCGCUCUGCGAGACGCGCGGGUGACGCCGGGCUCGGGCGACUUCCAGGGCCAGAGCGUCUCCGUCUGGGAGCUCCUCUUCUACCGCGAGGUGCCCGAGAGCCUGCGCCAGGACCUCCUGGGCCGGUACCGGGCGGGCACGCUGACCGUGAGGGACGUGGGCGCCACCCUGGCCUCGCUGCUGGCCCGGGCCAACGACGGGACCCCGCCCGGGGCCCUACGCGCGGCCACCAUGGAGGUCCGGGUGGGCCACCUGCAGGGGCGCACGGUCCCCGUGUGGGACGUGCUGGCGUCCAGCUACGUGAGCGGGACCACCCGGGAGGAACUGCUUGCCCAGUUUGGCUCAGGAGCACUGUCCUUGCCUGCGCUGACCCGCAGGCUGACUACCAUCAUCGAGGAGGCCGAGGGGUCCCACGGGGCCCGGCCCGAGUCUCGGGAGCCCUCGCCCGGCAAGGGGGAGCCAUCCCCACGCGAGACCGAGGCUGAGGCUGCCCGCCGCCGCCGCCAGGAGCAGGCCCUCCGUGCCGCCACCAUGGAGGUGCGCUCGGGGCAGUUCCAGGGCCAGCCGGUGCCCGUGUGGGACGUCCUCUUCUCCUCUUACUUGACCGAGGCCCGCCGCGACGAGCUCCUGGCCCAGCACGCGGCCAGCACCCUGGCACUGCCCGACCUCGUGGCCAUCCUCAUCCGGAUCAUCGAGGAGACAGAGACACGGCUUAGCAGCGUGUCCUUCCGGGGCCUGCGGCGCAGGGUGUCGGCGUCCGAGCUGCACAAGUCCGGGAUCCUGGGCCCCGACACCCUCCGAGACCUGGCCCAGGGCGCCAAGACGCUGCAGGAGGUGACGGAGAUGGACUCGGUCAAGCGUUACCUGGAGGGCACCAGCUGCAUCGCGGGGGUGCUGGUGCCCGGCAAGGGCCAGGCGGGCCGCCAGGAGAAGAUGAGCAUCUACCAGGCCAUGUGGAAGGGGCUGCUGCGGCCCGGCACGGCCCUGGUGCUCCUGGAGGCACAGGCGGCCACCGGCUUCGUCAUCGACCCGGUGAGCAACCGGAAGCUGUCCGUGGAGGAGGCCGUGGCCGAGGGCGUGGUGGGCGGCGAGAUCCGGGAGAAGCUGCUGUCUGCCGAGCGCGCCGUCACCGGCUACACCGACCCCUACUCCGGGGAGCAGAUCUCGCUCUUCCAGGCCAUGCAGAGGGACCUCAUCGUGCGCGACCACGGCAUCCGCCUGCUGGAGGCCCAGAUCGCCACGGGUGGCAUCAUCGACCCGGUGCACAGCCACCGCGUGCCUGUGGGCGUGGCCUACCAGCGCGGCUACUUUGACGAGGAGAUGAACCGCGUCCUGGCGGACCCCGGCGACGACACCAAGGGCUUCUUCGACCCCAACACGCAUGAGAACCUCACUUAUAUGCAGCUGUUGGAGAGGACUAUUGUAGACCCUGAUACUGGGCUUUUGUUUCUCCCAUUGGUGUAGGAUGUGUUUGUUUUUUCUCUGUAUAUCUUUGGUGUACCUUCACCAUAUUUUUUUAAUCUUGUUUUAAUCAAAUUGUUUUUUCCUUGGCUUGUCUUAUUCCAUUUUUUUGACAGAUUUUACCUUUCUUGUAUAUUUUCCUUUCUAUAGCCUGCUUUUUUGCAUUCCUCUUCUCUCCCUUUGGAAGUUCUGUUUUCUUUCUUUCUUUCUUUUUUGUUUUUAAUUUUAUUCGAUAAAAAGGAAAAAGAGAAAAUAAUUGUAAGGAGAAAAAAGAAAAAAACAGAAAUAGUGUACAAGUUAUACAGAAUUUCAGAAAAAAUAAACAGUAGGAAAUCACUAGUUAAUUACAUAUUGUCAUCUUAGAAAUAGUUGUUGAAGUUACCAAAUUAAAGCAUAUAGAGGGGACUUUCAAACAGUGAGACUGCGAACAGUUUUGUUCAACGAUCCAGCAAAACUCAGUAAUCUGUUAUCUAUCUUAUACACUUAAAUAUACACUCAGUUGGGUGCUGGGGAUUUAGCUCUGUGGCACAAGCGCCUGCCUUACAAGCAGGCAGUUGUGAGUUCGAUCCCUGGUACCGAUAAAAACAACACAAAACAAUAAAAUAUAUAUAUACAUGCAGUUAUAUCCUUUAGAGCACUUUCUUUUGUACAAUGACUGUUACACAGUUUGGGUUUUAUUACUCCCACAGUUCUUGUUACUUCUUUUGAAGAGAAUAAAACCAUAUGUGAUGUUGCAAAACAGAGUCUGUGAAAUCAAAAGAAUGGACAUAAUACACACUGUAAAAACAAAAUACAAGGUGAUCAACAAUGGUUACCAUAAUGCCUCUUGCUAUCUUAAAAAGAAUUGCCUAUAUCAUCAGUUAUAAUAAAAUUGAACAAAAUAGUAAAGAACAAAACCAAAAUAUUGGAGACAUUACAGAACUUCAAAAGAAGAUAAUAGUCAAACCAGAAUGGGCGUCAUAAUGAAUCUUAUUGUAGAAGUUCUGUUUUCUUUGUGGCACUUUUUCUACAAACCUCCACUGGUUUUGUUUUGUUUUUUGUAAUUUUCACUGUUUUUGUUGGAUUUGGUUGGUUGAUUGAUUUUUGUUUUUUUGCUUUUCUGGUUUUUUUUUUCACUGAUUCAGUUAAGUCCUCUCUUUUUCACCUUGAGUGUGGUGGGACAUGUCCUUCUGCUCUGGCCCUCUGUAUGUGAGGCUGAAGUGCAGGUUGCCAAGACUACUCUUGUGUUGAUUCAGGUGGGGACACCUAGAGGGGUUUUGAUUGUAUGCUACUCUCAUCAACGAAUGAGCUUUUGGGAUGUGGGGCCUACUUCGAGUGAGAAGGUCACUGGAAUCAUGACUUUGAGAGGUCUAGCUUUUCUUUAGUUUAUCCACGCUCCCUGCUUUGUGAAGGUCACCAAAUGAGCAAGUUCCUGCACCCUACCCCUGCCAUGAUAUUUUUACCUUAGAGUGAGCCCCAAUGAACUGAAAUCUCUAACAGUGUGAGUUAAAAAUAGACCUUUUCCUCAUUUAACAUGUAAGUGUCAGAUAUUUUAUCCCAGCAAUAAAAAGGUGACUAAUACAGCUUGUUAAUUGUUUAUGUUCCAAUUUCAAUAAAUGUAUUUCUUUUCAUUAUAAAAUGA